AUGGCUUCUCCCGAAUUUCCCUACCGCCAACCUUUCGACUUCGCGCGGGUCUACGCGACCAGUGGAGGGGCUGGCAGGCCAAUUCAUACACCACAGCGACUGAUUGAAGUUCGCCAACAGUACUCUUCUCUUCGCCUAAACGGUUCAGCACAUCUUCCUGACUUGUAUGGCAUCAAGACCUCUUUCACAUUAGUCUCAUACGUCAGAAGAGCAAUUCUUACUCUCGAGCAGAACGGCACGACAGCAGAGCUCGAGCUCAGAUCCGGAGACCUUCUACAGAUCAAUGCCCAUACCGGCAUGGACCUCGCCUGUCAAGAUCCUGUCGCGAUGCCAGAGGGACGUGCAGAUCUACCACAUUUCCGCCCACUGCAAUUCCGGGCAAUGAAAGAGAUGCAACGAAGCUGUCCAUUCUUUCUCGACAUUCACUGGGGUAGCGCAGUCCAAACCAUUCCUCUCGACAACGCGCAGAAGUUCAUGCGCCCUCUUCUUAAAAGCUGGACUAACAAGUGGGAAGGAAGCGCCGUUCGUGUCGAUCUUCUACAGACCCUGCGCCAGAAUGCGCACAGCAUGAAGCCAGUGACCCGAGUCAUUUGCUUCGAUCUCGGUCCUCUUUUUCCUGGACCGACGUAUGAGCGGGGAUUCAUCCAACACCUCGCAGCUAUGGAUGUCGCCCGAACCCUAGCCCAGAUACAGGGAAACAUUGUCACCCUCUUUGUUCAAGACGUACGGUACACACCGGCUUGCAAGACUCUACUGACAGAUCUUGAGCCACUCAUCAGCUUCGCUAACUCGACCGUCGCGCAAGGCUUCGAUCUCGUCAAUAAGCACUCAUUCAUCAUCCAUCUCAACUCUAAGGCUGUUAUCCUCGAGCCAGCAAUACAGAUUGCUAGGCCUGCUGGACCUGCAGGCAUCUGGUUCUUCCUGGAAUUGAGAACGUUGAAGAGAAGUGGAAUGGAAAGUGGCAAGAGGGACCUCUGCCUCUGCGGUACGUCCGAGGGUCAGCGGUGGAGAGCGAGUACAGGGAAAAGUGUGCAGUGGUGA